AUAUAGGAAGAACUGAUAUCGUGAAACAUCAGAUAAUAACUGGUUCAGCAAAGCCAAUUAAGCAGCCUCCAAGACGGUUACCCCUUGCGAAAAGAGACGUGGCUUGCCAGGCGGUAGACAAGAUGCUGAAAGACGGGGUUAUUGAACCUUCAACGAGCCCUUGGUCCUCACCUGUUGUACUGGUCGCGAAAAAGAAUGGUAACCUCAGGUUCUGUGUAGACUAUCGGAAGUUGAACGAUGCGACAAUUAAAGAUUCCUACCCCCUGCCCAGGAUUGAUGACACCCUCGAUGCGUUAGGUGGCUCACAGUGGUUUUCCACGUUGGAUCUAAAGUCUGGUUAUUGGCAAGUUGCUAUGGAUCCCGCAGACAAAGAAAAGACGGCAUUCAGCAUUGGCGGGGGUUUAUGGCAUUUUCGGGUAAUGCCAUUUGGUUUGUGCAACGCUCCCGCCACUUUCGAGCGAUUGAUGGAUCAUGUACUUGCCGGAUUACCCUGGAACAUUUGUCUUGUAUAUCUUGAUGAUAUAAUCGUUCAUGGCAGAACCUUCUCUGAGCAGCUGGAAAAUCUACGGAAAGUGUUCGCGUGUUUGAGGAAAGCUAAUCUGAAACUUUCUCCGGAGAAAUGUAAUCUGUUUCGCCGUGAAGUUAAAUACUUGGGACAUAUCAUCAGUUGUAAGGGCGUGGCAACAGAUCCCGCGAAGAUCAAUAGUGUUAAGGACUGGCCUCGUCCAACGUGCCUGGCUGAAAUAAGAAGUUUCUUGGGAUUGUGUUCCUACUACCGAAAGUUUAUUCGAAAUUUCGCUGAGAUUGCGAAUCCGCUCACUCGCCUAACACAAAAGGAUGUACAGUUCGUAUGGGACUCUGAAGCCGAGAACGCGUUCCAACAGUUGAAAUGUUUGUUGACAAAUACCCCUGUCUUAUCCUUUUUAAGUGACGAAGGAACAUUGAUAUUGGAUACAGAUGCAAGCGGUGUCGCAAUUGGGGCUGUUCUGUCACAAAAACAGGGCAACGAAGAAAAAGUCAUCGCAUAUUUCAGUCGUGCACUUAAUCGAACGCAACGCCAGUAUUGUACAACAAGACGAGAAUUGUUAGCUGUGGUAAAAUCUUUGGCUCAUUUCCAUCCUUAUCUUUAUGGAAGAAAGUUUGCUGUACGGACAGAUCAUUCUUCUCUUCGGUGGUUGGUAAAUUUUAAGUACGCCGAGGGUCAGCUCGCACGCUGGUUGCAAAAGAUUCAACAGUAUGAUCUAAAGAUUGAACAUCGAGCCGGAAAAUGUCAUCUCAAUGCCGACGCAUUGUCGCGACGACCAUGUCUUGGGGAACAUUGCAAAAGUUGUGAUAGAGCUGAAACAAAAGAGCGUACAGCAAGCGAAGGUCAAUGUGAAAAUGAGAACCAUAGAUUGACUUUGAUAGCCAAUCGUGUUAGAAGGCAAUCGCCUGCUCAGGAUACAGAUGUUGAUGAUUUGGGACACGAAAAUUUUAUUGAAAAUGUGGGCCCGCAAGACAUAGUAAAAGCUCAAGAAAUGGAUUCAGACAUAGGACAUGUAAUUAAGUGGAUGAAAAGUGGUAAUGAAAGACCACAGGGGUCCCAAGUGUCAGCUCUUAGCGAAGUGACGAAGAAUUGCUGGGCACAAUGGGACAGUUUGUGUUUACGAAAUGAUAUUUUGUAUCGAAAGUGGGAAUCAUCGGACGGUACGACAACACGAUUUCAGCUCGUGUUACCGAAAGCUUUACGAGAGGAAGUUUUAAUGCAUCUUCACAAUCACCCGACCGGAGGACAUUUUGGAGUAAAAAAAACGCUGGAAAGAGUAAAGGAGAGAUUCUACUGGCCUCGUUGUCGCGAAGAUGUAACACUAUGGUGUUCUACUUGUUCGGAAUGUUCUUCACGUAAAGGUCCAGUGACACGACAGAAAGCUUGUCUAGGAAAGUAUGUCGUUGGCGCGCCAUUGGAGAGGGUUGCAAUCGAUGUAAUGGGUCCUCUGGUUCGAUCUACGAAAGGUAAUCGCUACUUACUAGUGGUCAUGGAUUAUUUUUCGAAGUGGCCGGAAGCAUAUGCUUUGCAAAAUCAAGAGGCAAAAACAGUUGCUACGGUUAUAGUAAAUGAGUUUGUAUGCCGAUUUGGAGUUCCACUCGAACUGCACUCUGAUCAGGGAACGAAUUUUGAGUCAGCCGUGUUUCAGGAAAUGUGUUCGUUACUUGGUAUUAAGAAAACUCGAACUACACCUCUCCAUCCGGAAUCAGACGGAAUGGUUGAGCGUUACAAUAGAACAUUAAAGACUCAGCUUUCCUUGUUUGUUGCCGAACAUCAAAAAGACUGGGAUAAGUAUGUACCACUACUUCUCAUGGCGUAUCGAACGGCAACUCAUGCUUCUACGCAUUUUACCCCCGCGCGACUAAUGAUGGGACGAGAAAUUAGAACCCCAAUUGAUUUAGUUUAUGAACGACCCGAUCCGGAAGUUGUUGAGAGUUACUCUACCUACGUUCGAGAACUGCAAGAAAAUUUGCAAGUGACACAUGACUUCGCUCGAAAGUAUAUUGAUCAAAGCUUUGAGUCGAUGAGAAAACGUUAUGACGUGGACAGUUCGGCAUGUAUAUUUAACGAAGGUGAUCAAGUUUGGUUGUAUAAUCCCCGCAAGAAGAAAGGAAGAAGCGUAAAGUUAAUGCGACCUUGGGAAGGACCGUACGUUGUCAAUAAACGGUUGAACGAUCUUGUUUAUAGAAUUCAGCGAGGCAGGAAUGGAAAACUAAAGGUGAUUCAUCGGAAUCGUUUGUGGGCGUAUCGCGGUGAUCAGUCAGAACUUUGGAAUUCGGAGGCGGACAGUUAGACUUAGAAAGUGCAUGCACCAUCAUUGGGACAAUUCGAUGGUUUAGUUGGGGGCGAUGUUGGGAAUAUCGCAGCAUGGUUGACUGGUUAUUGUAUUUGUGAUUUGUAUUGUGUAAUUGUAUUGUGUUUGUAAAUGUAUUGUUCUGUACUGUGUAGGCGUAAUGCAAAUCAGGCUCUAUAUAAGCCCGAGUCUAAUAAACAAGUGGAGAUAUAUUUUGUGAUGUGAUAUUUUGGAAGAAUUAUAUGUGUUUUUGAGACGACUGUUUUUCGAUUGAUCGAUAGAAUAUCGCGGCGGAACGCGACACCGCAAUUGGCUAAAGUCUUAGAAAGCAUCCAACUUAAAUUAAACAAAGGGGACCUUAAGAUCAAGGACAAUCAACAUGCAUUUACACACGGUAGAUCAACUGUAUCUGCACUGGCGAGCAUCACCCAAAAUUGGUUCAACAAGACUGAAAACUCACGUGAUGGAAGAAUGGGUAUCCACGCCCUAUUUAUUGACUUUUUCAAAGCAUUUGAUCUGGUGGACCACGGAUUGCUUUUAGGAAGCUCGCCAAAAUGAACGUAUCGAAAAGCUUCUGGCUAUGGACACGGGGCUUUCUAGAAGGGAGGAGUCAGCAAGUAAAAUUACAAGGUGCUCUGUCAUCUAUAAGGCCUUGCCCUUCUGGAGUCCCCCAGGGAUCUGUUAUAUCACCAACAUUGUUUAAUGUUCAUGUGGAUGACCUCGAAGACUGCAUUCCCAAUUAUCUGGACAUCAAUACGCACAAAUACGCAGAUGACUGCACUCAAGAUGAAGUGAUUCCAUACGGUUCUACUAGCAACAUGAAAAAGGUGCUCGAUGCAAUAAACGACUGGGCACAUAGAAACAAGAUGAAACUUAACGCGAAAAAGACGAAAGACAUGUGGAUCUGCUUUAAAGCUGCAAUUCCGGAACCACCACAUCUUAAAAUUGGCGGUGAUACAAUUGAAAGAGUAAAGUCAUUCAAGUUGCUAGGUCUUUGGAUUGACAAUACCCUUAAAUGGAACACCCACAUUGACGAAAUUGCAAGGAGGGCAAACAAACGCUUAUUCUACCUACGAGAGUGUCGUCGAGCAGAUCUACCAACUAAUGUGGGUUUGACGUGCUAUGAAUCCAAAUUAAGACCGGUUUUGGAAUAUGCUGCCCCAAUUUGGGGUGGCCUGCCACAAUACCUUACUGACGAACUGGAGAGUAUCCAGAAUAGAAGCCUGAAAAUUUUGGGUCUACCUUCUGAUUCUCUUCAAUCUCUAGAACAACGUCGGGAUAAACUUUCAAUUCGCGAGUACGAGAAAAUCAUUAAUGACGAAACACAUCCAUGCAGGAAGUACAUACCAGACAUGGUGA